AUGAGCCACAACGUCGGCAAGACUGGGGAGGCCGCGCUUCAAUUGAAGCGCGCGGCGGAAGAGAGCAAGGAUGAGCGAGAAGUCAAGCACUUGCGUACGGACCACUGGACGACAAGUAUGAUGCAGAGCAGUGCGAUGGACGACGCUGCAACGCGAGCGAUGUUCGAUCGUCCACAGGAACACCAGCCGAACAACUUUCAGCCAAUGAUGUCGUCGCUUCCAAUGUCAUUGCAGCAUCCUGUCAGCUCUACGGUGCCAAGUAUUAAUAAUAUGCAAAGGGAAAAUACGCAGAUGCAGAGACAGCAGGAGCAGCAGUACGCUGCAGCCAUGACAGCUCAGUGUAAUAUCCAGCAACAGCAGCAGCAACAGCAACAAAUGGAUGCAGAUUCGGCGACGAUGACGGGUCAGCAAACGUCGUUGGGUCAGCUGAAUCCUGUGACAUCAUCUAUGGAUUCUGUAGAACAGAUGCAGCCGCAGGUUCACUUGCACUCCGAUGUAGAUAUGCACGUGGCUCCAGCACUUGGACAUCAAGCAGUGGACUUUCACGUGAGCACGUCGAGUGGGGGGUCUGCACAGCAGCAACGGAUGCCAGCAGCAUCAGCUGCUCCUGUUUCUGCUCAGAUGUCUAUAAACUCGGGUGUAGCUGCAACUCCUGCUGAAACAAACGCAUCUUGUCUUAUGUGCGGAAAGAAAGGUAGUGUCUUCACUUGCAACGGUGGCUGUGGGCUCCAAGUACAUCGGACGUGCAUUGGCGAGGAUGCUAUUUUUCCGUUCAUCGUUGGCCAGCUUUGCGGAAGUUGCUUUAUUGCUCAGCAAAACCGCGCCUCUCCAGAAGAUCUGACAAAGGGAGGACCAAAUGCACUGUCGGUCCGGAGAGCAAUCUUGUGCUUGAACUUAGAGACCAACAGUAGUGCGAACUUUGAUAAAUUUGGUCAUUUAGCAUCACUGCGACUGGGAGAAAUUGGUUUGAUUGCAGGUUAUCCGAUUAAACCGUUUGCUGACAAGUUUGUCGAGCCUUAUUUGCAACGCUGGAUACGAGAAAAGCUAACAUCCACUGACAAGUGGAUGUUGAACGUGCGCGAUGUUUUUACCGUGAUGAUUGGCCUUUACAGCUUGAAACGAGCCUGUCUUGCUCAUGGGUUCCACGACAAAGUAAUCAAGUUGAUGAAAGCUCGCAACUUCACGGUAAUGGAUUACUUUGGAUGGCAUCCAGCUAUUGAAGGCCCCGAUACGCGGUGUUCGAGCCUGUGUGCUGUCUGCGGAGUGCGCAAUGCGCCGAAUCUUGACUUGUGUUCGCGCUGCCACCACAAGCUUGUAUUCCCAACAACAUUUACAAAGUAUGUCAGCACUCUACUUGCUGCAUUCUAUGCAGAAGGAGUAGGGAUUCCGCUCGGAGCAUCGACGCUGGACGUCUUUGCGCAUACCAACAUGGUGCGAGGGCUAUACAAAGGACUUCUACCAUUCGACGCUGACGGUGUCGUUUGGGAUCUGUUCACUGACCAGUUGCGGAUGAUUUUUGGCUUUCUGGAUAUCACGAGCAAUUUUGGCACAUUGCAGCUCAAUCCAGAUUUGUUUGUGCCAGAAAUCAACAUCAUCUUCACUGCUGCGUAUGUGAAUCAAGCUAUGAUAACUAACGAGUUUGAGGUAGUGGGAAAGUUUCUUCAAUGCAUGAAGCUGUUCGGUUUCGCCAAGUGCAUGGAGAAUAAAAACAUGAUCGAGUCAUGCGAGCGCUAUCUGUUGUUUAAGCACCUUCCGGAUGGAAGCUGGUGCAAGAUGAAUGGCUCGACGGUAGACCGGUACAAGGCUACUGUCACAUGCUCAAAAGCGCUCCUCACCCCAGAAUUUCGCGGGUACGGCCCGACGUCGCACGAUUUCCAGCAACUCUUGGAAAAGUGGGCUCGAAAAUCAUCACCUAAAGGUGCCUCUGCUGGGCGAAACCAGUCCGAGAGUACUGCGAAGCCAAAGGUGCUAGUAUCUGGAGCGAUCGUGAAGGCGAAUACUCAUUUGAGACUCAGGCGUCUUGAGGCAAUGUACAAGCGGCAGAUUGUUCCAAAGGGACGCCAGGCCUCGUUGGAGUCUCUUAUGACUGAGAGAAUGAAACAGCUCUUGAAGGCCAAGAAUCUUGAAAUGCAAUCAAAAGCAGGAACGAGCGCAGACGAGAACAAUUCUAGUAACGAGGGAACCGAGUCUCCUCACGCCGGAUCUGAGCUACAUUCGAACAAAGAAGAUCAUCCGAUUGCCGCUGAUGGCAAUACUGAUUCAGAAGACGUUAAAUCUGAUCAUCCGUCAAGCGGCUACGAUCUGAGCUGCACUGUAGUCUCCGCGGCGAAGAACCAGGAUGAAGAGGAUAUGCUCACGAGCAUGAGUUUGCACGAAGACCUCGAAAUCUUUGACGGCCUGCAAUUUGAGGACGGCGGUGGGAUCAUUGACAUGAGCUUCCAUCCGUUGGGGCCUCAUGGAGCGGUCGGCGCAAAUAAAACAGAACAAGCAGUAGAGGAUGCUGACGGCACAGACGCGCCUGGACAAGAUGAUGACGAGGAUGAAGCAAUGGAUGACAAUGUGUAUGACGACGACGAAGACGAAAACGAAGAUGGCACUAUCGAUGUGGAUGGCACUACCGAUGUGGAUGGCACUGACCAUGUUUUGGAUGAGGGCGCUUCCCGUCACGAGUCAUGCAUUGCGGCGGUCGACAAUGGCGGUGCAAGCACAGAUUUCUCUUCUGGAAUGUGA